AUGUUAAUUCUUAUAGUUUUAUCCAAUAAAAAACUUCGAAAUUCUGGAAUUAAUGUUAUGAUGAUGAUUAUUGCAUUCUGUGAUUUUUUAUGUGCUCUGGUUGCUGUUAUACGACAAUCAAUAAAAUCAGGAGAAAACAAUCCAAACAGUUAUUUUCAAGCACAAUUUUAUGCUUUCUACUCUUACAUAACAAUAUCAUUUCAUACUUGUUCAAUUUGUUUAGGUGUCGGAAUGGCAUUUUGUCGCGUUAUGUCAUUGUAUUGUUCCAAAAAGUGUGUAAAUACGUUAUAUUACAAAUUCUUGUUAUGUAUUUUUAAUGUAAACAAAUUGCAUCAUAGAUAUAUAUUUCAGAGCAAAAAAUUGGAAUACUCCAAAAUAUACAAUUAUUGUAGCUAUAAUUAUCAUUUGUAUUAUAUUUGUAACAGCGAUACCAAUUCGAAUGAUAAAUGAAGUUGUUGAAUCGGAACAUUUAUAUAUUUCAAAAACAAUCGAUAGUUUGCAAGACGAGAAUUGUUUCGUUUUUCGAUUCAUUUUGUUUUUAGUUGGAGUUUUUUACAAAAUUAUUCCCUGUCUUUUAUUGAUUAUAUUUUUUGUUCCAAUUUUUUAUAAAUUGAAGGAGAAAAAAGCGAUCGAAAGAAAGAUAUUAAGUAUCGGCAGUAAGAAAACUGAUACUUCAAUAUAUCUAACUUUAUCAGUUUUGAUAAUUUUCAUAAUAACUGAAUUGCCACAAGGAAUAUUUAAUUCGAUAGGUGUUAUUUUUGUUGUCGAUUUCAUGGAAAUUAUCAGUUUAUAUCUUGGAGAUUUAGUUGACACUUUAUCCAUUCUCAAUUCUCUUUCAACAUUCAUAAUUUAUAGUGUUUUAUCAUCAGCAUUCAGAAAUUUAUUUGUUCAAUUAUUUAUUCCAAAAUGGAUGUGCAAAGCAGACAAAGUUUGCCUUUUUUGUAAACUGAUGAAAUAUUUCGCAAUUCAAUUUUUCAGAAAACAACGAAUAUUCGAGUGAAACCACCCAACACAAUAACAUAA